AGACUCUUUUGUAAGUUAGUCAAACGUUCUAAGACUGGAACGUUUCUUAUUGACAGCAUUGAAAUAAAACAAUAGGUACUUUGCAUCACAAUUAUUUUCUAAAAUUAUUAUUUGUGAAAAAAUACGAAGCAACAUGAUAAAACAAAAAUAUCAAUAUUUCGCUGUUAUUUUUUCCUGUUUAAUUUGUAUCAAUGUAUGUUCCAGUGCUGUAAUUGCUAGAGGACCAAUGGACUCAAGAGACGUUGAUAUUCAUCAGGAUGAUGCACUAAUUAGAGAUUUAGUAUCAAUAGCAUUAUUAUUAAAAAGUGUUCCAGUAAUAGGCCCUAGAUUGAUGACUGUACCUGAAAAGAUCAUCCAUUCCGUUGCAAAUUUUGAAUACACGACGAAUCAUUUAAUAGACAAACUUUUACGUAGUACUUUACCAUGUACGAUAACAAUUAAUGGAAUAACAUGCGAAGGGAUACAACGAAAUGGCGGCCUUAUAUAUGUUAUCAGAAAUUCUAUUGAUACAAUGCCAAAUACUAGGAUAUUUUACGUCGUAAAACAAUUUUUAGAUGUGAUGACAUUUGCACUUCAAGUUCUUUAUCUAUGGGGAAGUUCUAUCUGAAUUAUAAUGUAUCUUCGUAAAAUAGAAAAUAAGAUUUAUUAAUUGUUAUUAGUUCAUAUUUCUUGCAAAUAUAUCGGUUAGUUCGUAUAUAUUGCAACUUUAAAGUUCGUAUUAUUAAAAAUAAAUAACAAUAAGGAAAUAGGUUUCUGCUUAAAUAAUAAAAAUAAAACAACUAUGCUAAGGCUUUAAUAAACUUAUAAUGAAAAUUAUUGGAAAUGUUUUAUUUUCGUUGUAAAAAAAAUGAAAUAGAAAGUAUUUAGUUAUGUGUAUAUGUAUAUGAAUUAAUAUAUAUAUAUAUAUA